UUCCCAUCGUCCCAUUUCCGACAUGGCGUAGAGAAGAGGCAACGCAGCGGGCUGGUAUUGUAGCGGAAAAGUUGAUAAAGUACAGGGUUUCAGUAGGAGGAUAUAUAAACCGUUGGAAGUUAUAACCAGGAUUCAAGCAAAGUUUCGGAAGCUCGACUGAGAGAAUGGCCUUGCUGUGCUUUUUGGACCUUUUCUCCAAACUAGGGCCCAGAAGAUGUUUCCUCGCUGGUCUCCAAAACAAAGUGUCCAGUGUCCAUAGCGGUGGCUCACUCACUGUGCCAAUAAAUGGGGGUGCCCACUGAGUGUUGAAGAUGAUGUCUGAUGCCAGUGACAUGUUGGCAGCAGCCUUGGAGCAGAUGGAUGGGAUAAUAGCAGGCUCCAAGGCUAUGGACUACUCUAACGGGCUGUUUGACUGCCAGUCGCCCACCUCUCCCUUCAUGGGCAGCCUGCGGGCGCUGAACCUGCUGGAGGACCUCCGGGGCGUGCUGGAGCUAAUGGACACAGAGGAGAGGGAGGGUCUGCGCUGCCAGAUCCCUGACGCCACCGCAGACAGCCUGGUGGACUGGCUGCAGCAUGGACACCUGAUGUCCAAUGGGCACCACAUCUCCAUGGGUGGGGACCUCUACCAGGAGAGACUGUCUCGGCUGGAGGGUGACAAGGAAUCCCUGGUGCUUCAGGUGAGUGUGUUGACAGACCAGGUAGAGGCACAGGGGGAGAAGAUAAGGGACUUGGACAUGUGUCUGGAUGAGCACCGGGAGAAACUGAACGCCACUGAGGAGAUGCUGCAACAGGAACUCCUGUGCAGAACGGCUCUAGAGACUCAGAAACAGGACCUGAUGGCCGAGGUGUCCAACCUGAAGCUCAACUCAUUUGAGAAGGACAGACUGCACUUUGACUUCAGCGACAAUGAGGACAUGGUUCUGGAGAUGAAUGAACUGAGGUACAGAGUGACUGAGAUGGAGAGUGAAAGAGUACAGUAUGAGAAGAAACUGAAAUCCACUAAGGAGGAGCUGGCAAUGCUGAAGAGGCAUCUGGAGGGAAGGGACGGAGAGCUGAGUAGGUUACACGACGAGACUGGGUUCAGAGGCAUCACACCGGUUGGAAUGGACAGUGGAGACAGAGUCUCUCACCCAGAUGAAACUCUUAAAUUGAGGCUGAAAGAGAAACAUGUGGAAGUGCAGAGAAUGAAAAAAGCAGUGGAAUCACUGAUGGCAGCCAAUGAGGAGAAGGAUCGUAAAAUUGAGGAGUUGAGGCAGUCGCUGCUGCUCUACAAGAAGGUCCAGGACAGGAGUUCAAUGCAAGGGAAGAAAGAGAAAACCCAAGACGGCGAGAGUGACGAGAGUAACAGCGACAGCUCCCUCUCCAUGAUGUCAAAGACAACCACCCUGGUUGCCAUGGAGUCAGAGAGGCAUGCUCUAGCCGGAGACGAGGAAGUAGCAGGGAAAAGCCCAGACGAGCUGGAGAUGCACUAUGGAGCUACUGAAGUGUCUUCGCCCACACCCAGCCCUUCAGUCCAGUCAGCAUGUGAUCCAAAAAGGGGGCCAGAUCUGGACCAACCUGAACCAGAGAGCGAGGCAGGGGGCCAGGAAGAGUCACAGGAGGCCCCCCUUUCAUGUGAUACUCUACAGACCCUGGAUAGCCCCAAUUCAGGGAGUCAGGACAACUUAUAUGUCAGCAACAGCGAAAAGCUCUUUUCUGCUACUGUUCAGAAUAAGGCUGUGGAGGAGAUCAGUAAGAUCAGCGAGCACCCGCCCAAGUCUCCCUCUUCGUCUCACCCCGUGACCACGGAGGAUGACCGCUUCGGUAACAAGAAGGCUCGCUCCUCCUUUGGCCGGGGCUUCUUCAAGGUCAAGGGAGGCAAGAGGACAGCCAGCACCCCUAACCUGGCUGAGACAGAGCGAGAGGAGGGCACUGACCAUCUGGACCUGGCCGGUCUACCCCAGAGGUCAGCCAACAGCGACAGCACCAACACACUGACCAGUGUGACCUCCACUACAUCCCCUGAGUGCAAGAAGAAGUCCAAGGGAAUCAAGGGGCUCUUUGGAAAGCUGAGGAGAAGUCAGUCCACCACGUUCAACCUGGAUGACAACCUAUCAGAGGCGGUCGAGUUCAAGAGAGGCGGAGUCCGAGCCACAGCAGGUCCCAGACUGGGCUGGUCCCGUGACCUACAGCGAUUACCCAAGAAUGACCUGGACACCCCGUUUGCCCGCUGGUCCAAGGAGCAGGUGUGUGACUGGCUGCAGGAGCAGGGACUGGGGCUCUACCUGAACAUGGCCCGCGUGUGGAUUUCUUCUGGACAGACUCUGCUGCAGGGCUCACAGCAGGACCUAGAGAGGGAGCUGGGCAUUAAACACCCGCUGCACAGGAAGAAGCUCCAACUGGCCCUGCAGGCCCUGGGCUCUGAGGAGGAUGACAACAAGGGCAAACUGGACUACAACUGGGUGACCAGGUGGCUGGAUGACAUUGGCCUGCCUCAGUAUAAGACCCAGUUUGAUGAGGGGAGGGUGGACGGCCGCAUGCUACACUACAUGACAGUAAAUGACCUGCUAUCUCUGAAGGUGGGCAGUGUGCUCCACCACCUCAGCAUCAAGAGAGCUAUUCAGGUGCUGCGCCUCAACAACUACGAGCCCAACUGCCUGCGCCGACGGCCCUCUGACGAGAACAACAUCACGCCAGCAGAGAUCUCCCAGUGGACCAAUCACAGAGUGAUGGAAUGGCUGAGAUCAGUGGACCUGGCGGAGUAUGCCCCCAACCUGAGGGGCAGCGGCGUUCACGGGGGACUCAUGGUGCUGGAGCCACGGUUCAACGUGGAGACUAUGGCCCUGCUGCUGAACAUUCCCCCCAACAAGACCCUGCUGCGGAGGCAUCUGGCCACCCACUUCAACCUGCUGGUGGGCUCUGAGGCCCAGGGGCUCAAACAGGAUUGUCUGGAGAAUCCCGACUACACCCUGCUCACCGCCACCGCCAAGGUCAAGCCGAGGAAGAUGUCGUUCGGGAGCUUCGGCAGCCUGAGGAAGAAGAGGCAGGAUGACAGUGAGGAGUAUGUCUGCCCCAUGGACGUGGAGAUGCCAAAGGGACGUAGCUUCCAGAAAGGCUAUGAGCUUCAGCUCUACGAGGAUGACAUUGACCGGCUAGAGCAGAUGGAGGACUCAGAGGGAACUGUGAGGCAGAUCGGAGCUUUCUCCGAGGGCAUCCAAAACUUGACGAGCAUGCUGAAAGACGAUGAAUUUUUCAAGGAGAUCUCCAACUCACCCAACCCCAGCAUGACAGAUGACGAUUCCAACAUGUGAUGCUGACCGUCGCCGUGUGACCCUGUUCCCUAGUGCCGUUGUGAACGAAACAGUCUUCACUAGCAGACCAGGAUUCAAAUACUAUUUGAAAUCAUUUCAAAUACUUCAGCUGUGCUUGGUUGAGCUUGCCUGUUGGAAUACAAUGGGAAUACAAAAGUCUGCCCAUCUCGCACUCCAGGCAGGCUAAAGCCAAACGCUCAACGGAUUUCAACCCGGGUCCUCCACUAACACACACUCCAGACUUCACCGUAACCCAUACAACCCUCGCAGAGCAAGCACCAGAUAUCCUUUUAGUAUUUUAGAUGAGGUAUAAAAAAUCUAGAUUUUAAAGAAAUACAAGACCAUGUCUGAUGUCAUGUGAACUGACACCGUUUUUGUAAGGUGCCAAUCCAUUUUAACUGACCUAUUGGGAGAGGAUGUAUUUCAAAGCAAUACGCCACCAUAGUUUGCCUACCAGCUGGAUACUGGAGACAUAUGUAAUCCUUGUUUGUAUACUGGCCAUCUUUCUGUGGAAUUAAGUAUUAAUAACAAUAUCUGAUACAUUUUCUUUUUACAGUAAGAUAUACUAUAGGACUAUUGCAAAAUCUAAUAUAUCAUUUUAAAGAAUAUAUUUGGCUUUUGAACGAAGUUACUGUCAACAGAAAGAUAACGGUAUAUGCUGUGCAGAUUUGCCCAAGUUAAGUGGUAUGCCCCAAAACAGUUGAUAUGGUUUAUGCAGAAAACCAGAAUAUUAGCUGCAUCAUUACUUUACUUUCAACAUAUCGCGCCAUAUCCAAGACACUCCCAGUAAUAGUGUUUCUUUGCAUGCAUUGGCACCAAUGCCGUACUGUAUGCAUUUUAGUACAAUACACGGUUCAAUGCAUUUGAUUCCUGUUAAGUGUCAUCAUUGCAUGUUAUUGAAGCCUUUCUUGUAGCCAAAAUAUUCUACACCUGCCAACAGAAGACAGACUUUGUUUUAUCAUUGUACUUAGAACUAUUCUUAAAAAUGGCCAAAUAGCAUAGUUAUUUUCCGAGUAUUGUAGCUAGCCUGGGUGCCUGUCUGUUUCUGCUCUCUUGCCAACUCCUAAUGGAAUGGUCAUGCCAAACAUAUUGUUUGGAGUGACAAGGAGUUGACAGAGUAGAAAGUGACUGGCACCCAGGCUACGUUGUAGUAUGUUGAGAGAGCUGAAGCAAUGCAAGAAUGUCUCAAAAGCAAAGAUACUAUUAUGGAACGCCCUAACCACAUGAAACGAAAGUGUAUACUGUGUACUGGUUGAGGUAUUACCCAUUUCUAGGGUUAAUAAAGUAAUUUAAACCAAGGGAUGUCUUUCAAUGCUCAAAUAGGAGGCUUGGAAAUGUAGAACAUAAAGUGUAUGGGUAAAUUUUGCUCCGUAGUGCAGAUUCAAUACCAUUUAAAAGCAUCCAUGUUUGUACAGACCCAUAUUUUUGUCAACACGUACAGACCUUUAUUUUUGUUAGUAGUUGCCCAAAACUGUGUACACUGUAUCCUACCCAUUGUGUGCACUUUAAAUUAAAGGUUUGACAAGCUA